AUGUUGGUUAACUUGAAGAAUCAAACUUCAAAGAAGGCAGAAAAGGGAAUGGGUCACGUUUUCUUCUUAACAUCUUUCAAAUCAUCGCCAGAUUCAGCAUGCCGAUCUAUGAAACGCAGCGGCACAGCACACAUAUCGCAUUUUAUUGGCCACUUUUGGAAGCAGUUUUUUAGAAACUCAGCAUCAUCAAACUUCAUCUGCUCAGAGCAAACAGCUCAUGUAACUCUGGAGCAUUCUCUUCCUUCAACGUCUAUGCAUCAAGCAUGGUUUGCAGUUUCCGUCAUCUUCUUGGCUGUCACUCCUCAAAUAAAAUUUAACCCUGUGGUUGGCGGAGAGGUAGCUGGCCGCUUCCAAGAUGCCGAACGACUCUGCGUGCCCACCACUGGAGCAGCCUCUGUACUGGUGCACUUGGGUGCGGUUGCGGCUUGA